GACUUCACCGCUGGUCUCAUCACACUUGUGUCUGUGCCUCAGUCACCAGCAGGUCACAGCGGAUCAAUCAUCUCACUGUGUAACGCAGAGUUAUGCUUUUGUAGACUGUGUUUCCUGUACAGGACUCGGUGUGUGUGCUCGGUGCAGGUCUGUCUGGUCUGGUCUAUGAGAUCAUCUCCCUGUGAGGAGAGGGGACCCCGCUUUGUGCGGGUGGACCACGCCCCGGCUCCGGCGUGCGGUGCACCAGGCUAGGUUAGCACACUGCUACAUCCGGGCGCUCUGCUCGGUUUACAAACCCUGCGAAGAUGGCGACGUCAGGGAGGAGUGCACUAUUAUCCUCCAGCUCAACUGGACCUAAGAGCACGCUGGAGAGCUCCAACCCCGAGGAGGAGGACGGACAGGACUUAUGGUCCACCAUCCUGAGCGAAGUGUCCACCCAUUCAAGAUCCAAGCUACCGUCCGGGAAAAAUGUCCUGGUCAUGGGUGAGGUGGGUUCGGGGAAAACCACCCUGGUGGCAAAGCUACAGGGGGUUGAAGAGUUCAUGAAAGGGCGUGGCCUGGAAUACCUCUACUUCAGUGUCCAUGACGACGACAUUGAUGACCACACCAGGUGUAAUGCCUGGGUGUUGGACGGAGACCUGUACCACAAAGGGCUGCAGGGCGUAGCUGUGCCAGUGGACUCGAUUGGCGACACGUUGCUGCUGAUAACAGUUGACAUGUCACGGCCAUGGAACGCCCUAGACUCUCUCCAGAAGUGGGCUGCCGUGGCGAGGGAACACAUCGACAAACUCCGGGUCGCCCCGGAAACGCUGCGGGAGCUGGAGCACAGACUUGUCAAACAGUUCCAGGAGUACACAGAGCCGGGCGGCGGAGAGGACGGCACCCCGCAGAGGAGGAGCGAGGAGGAAGAAAGCGUGCUGCUGCCGUUAGGAGACAACACACUCACACACAACCUGGGGAUACCAGUGGUGGUGGUCUGUACCAAGUGUGACGCCAUCAGCACAUUGGAGAAGGAGCACGACUACAGAGAUGAACAUCUGGACUUCAUUCAGUCUCACAUCAGACAUUUCUGUCUGCAGUAUGGGGCGUCUCUGGUUUACACGUCAGUGAAGGAGAUGAAGAACCUGGACAUCCUGUACAAAUAUCUAGUCCACAGACUCUACGGCUUUCCCUUCCACUGCCCGGCGCAAGUGGUGGAAAGAGACGCUGUCUUCAUUCCAUCCGGUUGGGACAACGAGAAGAAGAUUGCCAUACUUCAUGAGAACUUCCAGACAGUAAAAUCAGACGACAGCUUUGAGGACGUAGUCGUCAAACCACCAGUCAGAAAGAUUGUACAUGAAAAGGAGAUUCAGGCAGAAGAUGACCAAGUGUUCCUGGUGAAACUGCAGUCGCUGCUCGCCAAACAGCCCGCUGUCACAGCAGGGCGGCCAGUGGACACCACCAGCAGAGCGCCCACAGGUUCCCCCAGAACCAGCAACCGCUCUGCAGCUGCCAACGUAGCAAACGCCAUGCCACAGUCAGGUACAUCAGUGCAUGUCAUUGCUCCUGUGUGUGUGUGUGCGUGUGCGUGUGCGUGUUCUAAACUCUCUUCACUGUGCGCUGCAGGUCAGACCAGUGAGGGCGUGUUGGCCAACUUUUUCAACAGUCUACUGACGAAGAAGGCGGGGUCAGGAGGCCCGGGGACGCCGGGCGGUGGAAACAACACUCCAGGAACAGUCCGCAAGUCAGGUUCCAAACUGGGCCUGGGCGAUGUACAGGCGGAGCUGGACCGCAUAUCCAGCCGGGAGACGGACUCCGACUUGCCCAAUGCCAACGACACGCCUGCUGCCGACGGCCAGGACACAUGAAGACCAACACACAUCACCCUGCUCUCCUUCUCUCCUCCCACCCCCUCCUCCACCUCAGUCAUCUUCCAUCUCCCUUGUCCUUCCUCCCUCCACUCUUGCCCUCCACUCCAUCAUAAUGAUGUGGGAAGAAAGAGAGGUGUAAGUGCUUUCACUUUCUCCUCACCCCUCGUUCUCCUCCUCCCCUCUCUCUCUGUUCUCCUCCUGGCUGUUUUGCUGAGGGCCAGUAUUUGUCACUGUUACAUACGAGACUGUCUGUUACAUGAGAGUAAAUGGAAAUGGGGGACCAAUGUGGGGUGUGGAGGUCGGGAUGAAGUGAGAGGUGGGUUGAAAAAGAUUGAUUGCAAAAGUGAAAUUGAGGGCGUUUGAUCCAUCCAUUUCUGGUGAUGGUACAGUUAGUGUUUGUACUGUAGAACUGCUGAAGGGUGCAUGUUGAAGAGUCUGCACUGAGGUACUGUGUGUGUGUGUGUGUGUGUGUGUGUGUGUGUUAGGGAGAAUGACGCAGAUCAGGAUAUUAAGGCAGUUCUUCGCCCUUUACGAGGAGAGAUUUCAACCAAAAGUAAACAAGAA